AAAGCAGAGAGCGAUAAAGGGAGGGGUCAGACGUUUUGAACUUUGAACUCACUCCCUACUUCAGUCUUCUGCUGCUUUGCCGCUCUCUCAGGUAUACAAGGAAGCGAAGAAGAAGAGAAUGGAAGAGGAGUCGUCUUUUCUGGUCCGAUUUUGGUUUUGCUUCUUCGGACACUUCGCUGUCUUGCGUCGCUUGGCCAAUGUAGCUCUAGUUCAAGCGGAUCUGAAAACGCAGGGUUGAUUUCUGUGAAGUUUGUCGAAGCUUUCUGAUCGGGACAAAAUGGAUCAAUACGAGAUACUAGAACAGAUUGGUAAGGGGGCUUUUGGUUCUGCCCUUCUUGUGAGACAUAAACUAGAAAAGAAGAAGUAUGUGCUAAAGAGAAUUCGUCUUGCUCGUCAGACUGAUCGCUGCCGGAGGUCUGCUCACCAAGAGAUGGAGCUCAUUUCGAGAGUACAGAAUCCAUUUAUUGUGGAAUAUAAAGAUUCCUGGGUAGAGAAGGGUUGCUAUGUAUGCAUCAUUAUUGGUUAUUGUGAGGGUGGGGACAUGGCAGAAGCUAUAAAGAAGGCAAAUUGUGUUAACUUCCCUGAGGAGAAACUAUGUAAAUGGCUGACACAACUACUAAUGGCUCUUGACUACUUGCAUUCGAACCAUAUUCUUCAUCGUGAUGUGAAGUGUUCAAACAUAUUUUUGACAAAGGAUCAGGAAAUUCGGUUAGGUGAUUUUGGUCUUGCUAAGAUGUUGACCUCUGAUGAUCUUGCCUCUUCUGUUGUUGGGACUCCUAGCUAUAUGUGCCCUGAACUUCUUGCAGAUAUUCCAUACGGCACCAAGUCUGAUAUUUGGUCGCUAGGAUGUUGCAUAUAUGAAAUGGCAGCCCAUAAGCCAGCAUUCAAAGCAUUUGAUAUGCAAGCAUUGAUCAACAAAAUAAACAAGUCCAUUGUGGCCCCCCUGCCAAGCAUGUAUUCUGGUGCAUUUAGAGGUCUCAUAAAAAGCAUGCUGAGGAAAAGCCCGGAGCACCGUCCAAGCGCUGCUGAUUUGCUUAGACAUCCAGUCCUUCAGGCUCACGUUCUUAAGAUUCAUCUCAAAUAUGGUCCAUUAUCUCGUUCUCUUUCAUGUCACCCCCCUGGACAUGAUGCUGCACGUUCAAGUAACGUGGAUGAUGUCGAGGGUGUAUAUGGCAAAAUUAUAACUGAGCAGAUGUCCCGGUCUGGGGAUCAUAAUCCAGGUACUUAUUCUCAUGUUGAUCAUGCUGUAAAUUCUAAAUUCUGUGACACGGAAGACAAAUACAUUCCACUCGGUCGCGAAGACAAGAGGCUAUCAUUCAGUGAUGAGAAAAUCUUGAAACCUUGUGAUCCUGACAAUACACAAGAUAUUCCAUUUGUUGAGAGGAAAGGUUACGACAAUUCCACCUUUCUGAAGCCUGAGGCGAGUGAGGUAUCCUCAGAUGCCUGCAGUCACGCUGAGGAAGCCAAUACCAGGAGAUCAUUCUAUACAAAGGGAUCACAUGUUGCAGCAACACCUAGAUCUACUCCUCUUAUGCAUUCACAGACACCUUCAAAAGUGUGCUCUACGCCCCAAAGAACGUCAUUAUCCAAGAUUUCGAGAACUGGCUUGAACCGGGAAUUGCUUUCGACUGGAAGAAUUACAGGUGACCAGUCUAAUUGGCCUAGUCGUAGGGCAUCUCUGCCACUGCCUGCAAAGGCAGCUGCACGGACACCAUCUGUUCACAAUGGUGCUGCCACGCCAAGUGUCCGGCAUUCAUAUGUUACUCCACGGGCAUCCGCUGUAACGGCGUCACCUUCUACCAGAAUUGUCAAGACAUGCCAGCCAGUCAAACACAAUAUCAGCCUCCUUCGGCGCAUGGAUUCACCUGAUGUUUCUGUAAAUGCACCUCGGAUUGACAAGAUCGCUGAGUUUCCACUAGGAGCCACCGUAGACUCUUUCUUUACCAUUGAUAAUCCUCAGAAGAACAAAUACACAAAGCCAGCAAGCUCUGCCAUGCAGGGCUCCUCGUCAAACUCCGGUGACCUUUUCUUGACCCACGAAAAGUGGCCGAUCCAGAUACACGAGAGAUCUGGAAAGCCUGGUUUAGACGACGUUAUGCAUGUGAUGCGCCACAGCCCCUAUUGCAUGGGAUUCUUUGAUGGUGAUGCAGAGGCAGUGUGCUCGAGCAGAGCCUCCACUGAUUCAAUCCAACGUUUUGACACCAGGUCGUAUCAGCAGAGGGCGGAGGCGUUGGAGGGGCUGCUAGAGUUCAGCGCGCAGCUGUUGCAGCAGGAGAGGUUUGAAGAACUGGGGAUACUUCUGAAACCUUUUGGACCAGGCAAGGUUUCACCCAGGGAGACGGCUAUCUGGCUGGCCAAGAGCUUCAAGGGAACCAUGAAGCUAGAUCAUUAACUUACUGGGAGCUAAUAGCUUUUCCUUUCACUGUAUAGUUCUUAUUAGGAAGCUCUCUCUCUCUCUCUCACACACACAUUUCGAAAGGACUACGCGAGGCAUCUAUGUUUCUUUGCCUGAACGCUGAUCCAACCACUAGUAUAUUAAUGGCCUAACUGUGACACGAAUGGAUACUUAUUAGCUUCAACUUAGUAAGCGAGACAACACGGGAAGAAGAGAGGUGUGAAUGCGGGAGGCCUGAAAAAUGUGGGGUAGAUUAAGAUCCUUAAUUUCUUUUCUGUCUUCAUGUUAA